AUGUUUAAUUCCACAACACAACUUGCGAAUCAAUUGCCUGUUUUUAAAAGUCAAAACUACUCAGAAUUGAAGGAUUAUUAGGAUUUCUUAAAAUUAAUAUAGAAAUUUCACAUUUAAAAAUUCAUGUUAAAAAGUAAAGAAUAAUUAUAUCACUAUUUAUCAAAUUAGUGUUAAAUUUAAAACUAUAAUUCUUAAUCCGAUUCAGAUGGAGACUCAAGUUAUGAAAAUUAAGGAUCAGGAUAAUAAACAGAGGAUUUGUCUAGGAAUAAAAUAAAAAACAAAUCUGACAAAAUGCAAGCCAAAUAAUAAGAUAUUCUUGAGAAAUAAUAUCCUCAAAUAUAAAGUGAAGAGAUUAAUUUAAAAAACUAAUCUUUUGAAAUUAAAAAGAGUGAUCAUCAUAAAAAAGAAUAAAAUGUAAAAAGAGCAAAAGAAAACACAAAAAAUAAUGAGAUUUUGGAGAAAUUGAAAUCUAUUCCUUUGAUUUAAGACUUCGACGAUGAAGAUAUUAGAUAAAUGGUGAAUGAUUUUCAAUAGGAAGACAAAAAAUAAUCAAAAUAAAGCAAGAACUCAUAAAUUGGUAAGGAUACUAUGAUGCGAGAUGAUUACCAAUAUAAAUGGCCAUAAUGUCGAAUAAGAAUACUGUAAGCUUUGACAAUACUCGUUGAAAAAAAGGUAGCAGUCCCAAAGAUCCUCCAAGAUUUUAAGAUACUUUAGAAGACUUACAUCUACUCUUUGUACUUAAAAGAUUGCGAUGACUUGGCUAAUCAAUUAUGGUAAAAAGUUGGUGAGAAUGUCAGUGCUGAUGAUUAAAUCAAAUACUAUAGAACUAAUUACAAUACAGAUUAAUUAGAAUUGAUUUAUGAGAUGGUUAAACUUGUUUAUGAGAAGAGAGAAUAACAUCGAGAACAAAUAAUAGCUACAUGCUCAGGAAUCAUCUUUUAAAAGAAAUUAAGACAAUUAAAGGAUAAGGUGACUGCCAAAGCCAAAUGUGCAGAUAAGAAAUGCGAAUUAAUAAUUGCCUUUUUGGAAAGAAUAAAUAAUUAUGUGCUGACAGGGCCAAUAAUUAAUAAAUAUCAACAUGGUGGUUGUAGUGAAGCCUAACUUUUACACCAGAAAAUCAUUAAGAAAGCAGCUAAGACUCUGUUGUUCUCUGCUGUGUAACUUGAUGUCCCAGUACCAGAAGUGCUUCAGUACUUGUCUCUGAGAAAGAGCAGAUAUAAUGUAUAAGAUAGGCCAGAAGAAUAGGGGAUAUACAUACUGCCAAGUGUGGAACUAGUGAAAUUGAUUGUUGACAAAUAGGGCAUGGAAACUAUAGCUCAAUAGUUAAAGAUGAAUGAUUUUGACUAUUUAGAUUUUAAGGGUCUUGACUAAUUAAAUUUUGAGCAUUCAAAUAAGAAUAUUGAAGAUAGAGAUGAAACAGUAUUGUAUUCAGUGCUUCAAUUGGUAUUGGAUAAAAUAGAUGAAUUGGAUUAAUUAAGCUUUGUUAUUAACGAUAGGAAAUUCAAGGCUUUGUAAUCGAAACUGAAUGAAUUAUAUAAAGACGAGGUUUUUGGAGAACCGAACCAGUAGCAGGAUAUUCCUUAAUAUGUUGGGAGUGUUAUGAAUAAGGUGGAAUCCUACAUUAAGUAGUCUAAGUCAUAAGAAAGGGGUAAGGCUAAGUUGUGUUGUAUAAAAACAAAGUUCUUUGAUUCAGAAAUAAUAGUAAAAUCAAAUAAUGAGGAUUUAACAACAGAAUAAUUAGAAUUUUGCAAAUAGCUAUUCAUUUUGUUUUUGUCAGAAAUAUCCAGUAAAGACAUAGCAUUUCCUGAAAUUUUGAGAUAUUUUAAAUUUGUUGAUGGUAAAUUAUUCUUUGAUUUCAAUUAAAAAUUGAUAGGAAUUAUGUUGUUAUGUAAGGCUAUAAGAUAGUAUUUCAUUUCAUGUAUGGAAAUGGAGAACGAAUUUGAGAAGCAAAUCACAGAUGACAAUAAAAUUAUUAUUAAUUCAGUUCCAUUGUUGAAAUUGAUAAUAAAGGAUGAAUUCUUGCUUGAAGCAUCUGAAAUAUUCGCUAAGCAGAUUUCCAUUUUAUGCCAUCAUAAGGAAGAUUUGAUCUUAGAUAUAAGGGAGUUGUUCAAGUACUAGCCCAUUUGUGAGAUGAUCAAAUUACAGGUCACAGAUGAUGAAUACGAAGAUACGAUCUUAGAUCUGAAGUGUUUAUACAAGUUUAUUACGGAAUAAAAUUCUUAUCCAGAAUGA